AUGACACGGGGCGUGAUCACACCCCCUGCAUCAACGGCAUCCUCGAAUUCCAGCACUCCUAAGAAAGAAACGACCUCACCAGUCAUGGAGAGGCCACAUGCGGCGGAGGCUAAGAAGCCUGAAGAAGAUGAUGUCCACAAUGAGCGUGCCCUCAGAGAGGCUGUCAAGGCCUCGAUUACGCGACAAAUCAGCCUCUCCCGCGAGCAACGAGAUAUGCUCAAGCCUUACCACAGCCAAGGCUACAAAAGUUCGAGUCCUCCCAAGGCUAAACCUCUCACCAUCCAGGAGAUCGCCACCGGGAAACACGAACGAGUUGCCGAAACCAAGAAGGCGACACCAGUCAUUAUCACCCCCGGCCCUGAGCCGGAGGAUGCUUCGCCCAGCUAUUUUUACCGAAACAGGAAGAGUGAGCUCGUUAUCCUUGAAGGAGCAUAA